AUGUGUGUCGGCACCACUCGUGGGAAUCGGCCUGAUCCGACAGAAGAGAGCCAGGGGCGAGGUCCCAGACAGGGAGAUACACUGCAGAGGAGUCCCACAGCAACCAACCAGUUCCAAGGGAAGGAUCCACCGCCCCUCCUAAUGGACGAGGUAGUUUCGUUGUUCCCUGUUUCACCCCCUCUAACAACCGAGAUACAUAGUCGUCGGCAAUAUCUAUCACCAAGGGAGACUCCACAUCCAAAGAGUCAAUGUUGCGCCGCUUUCAGAGUCGUUUGCCAAUCGAAUCAACACCGCUGCCACCCGAAAUGGCAGAUUCCACCAGCGCAGUUCAUCGCUUAG